GGCGGGGCCGGGGCGGACCGGCCGGAGGCUCCGCAUCCCCGAGCCGCCCGACCGCCGCUCCCCGCAGGAAAGCGGCUCUCUCCCUUCGCCGCUACCUGGCGACGAGGUGGCCGCUUCCCCGGGAACACCAUCCUCCUCCUCCGAGCGGCGCCGCUGCCGGCAGCGCCACAGCCCGAGCCCCGGCCGUUGUCUCCAACGGUCACCGCGCCGGCCUGGACCGCCGGGACCUGACCGGCAGCGCUCCCCACCGGGAAGUGCCCGCCCGCCCGCCCUGAACCGGCAGCGCUCCCCACCGGGAAGUGCCCGCCCGCCCGCCCUGAAGCUCCGGAGGGAGCCGGGAGUCAAAGCGACGCCCGAUGCAGAGCCCGCCCCGGGGGAAAAGCCGGGCAGGGCACGGCCAGGAGGGCGAGCUCAGUGCAGGCCAGCACCUCAUCUCAGCCCCGGCCUCAUCCCACUUGAAGCCCCCCACCUGUGGAAAGCCCCAGCCCCGCACUACAGACCCGCUCCGGCCUCCCCAAAGCGGGGCAGGGCAGGCGGCGGCACCCCUGCUGACCACCCAGCCUCUCCCCGCCGCAGCACCGCGCUGUCCCCCCGGCCAAUGCCCUGGCACCCGUCGCUAGGCGACGGCAGCCCCCGCUGGGCCCCGGGGCCUCCUGCACCCCCGGGGCCAUCCCGGCACUUCGGCACCCCCGUUCCCACACAGACCCAACAUGGGGGAGGGCUUGGAGCUGCAGGGAGGGCUGUGGCCAUGCACCGCUGGGCGCAGGAGCGGCAAGGCCCGGUUAAUGCCUUCUCUCAGCAAGAAAAAAGGCGUCCAAGCCAGCCAAAAAACACGUUUGAAACACCCUCUGGGACAACCGCCCUCCUCAGGGGGCCUGGGGCCGCCCUCACGGGCAGGGCGGGGCCGGGCGGAGGCUCCGCCCCCCUGGGGGUGCCCCACCGACCGCCGGAGGGAAGCAGCUCUCUCCCUUCUCGGCUACGUGGCGACGAGGUGGCCGCUUUCCCGGGAACACCAUCCUCCUCCUCCUUCUCCUCCUCAGGGCGGCGCCGCUCCAGUCAGCGCCUCAGCCCGCGCCUCGCGCCUCGCGCCCCGACCGUUACCUCCAACGGUCACCGCGCCUCGCGCAAGGCAGCGCGUGCACCUCCGGAGGGGCGGGAAGGGGGAAGGAAGGGGCGGGGCCAGGGGAAGACGGGAAUGAGGGAAAAAGCACCAAAACCUGCAGGAAACCCAUAUUCUCCACAGAAAGCCCAUUGCCAGCAGAAGCCCAUGCUGUCCAUAGUAAGCCAAUGCCCAGCAGAAGCCCAUGGCCAGCAGAAGCCCAUGUUCUCCACAGAAAGCCCAUGGCCAGCAGAAGCCCAUACUCUCCACAGUAAGCCCAUGGCCAGCGAAGCCCAUGCUCGCCACAGAAAGCCCGUGGCCAGCAGAAGCCCAUGCCCACCACAGAAAAUCAAUGGCCAGCAGAAGCCCAUGCUGCCCAUAGCAAGCCUAUGGCCAGCAGAAGCCCAUGCUCUCCACAGAAAGCCUAUGCCCAGCAGAAGCCCAUGCUGUCCACAGAAAGCCCAUGGCCAGCAGAACCCCAUAUUCUCCACAGAAAGCCCAUGGCCAGCAGAAGCCCAUGCUGCCUAUAGCAAGCCUAUGGCCAACAGAAGCCCAUGUUCUCCACAGAAAGCCCAUGGCCAGCAGAAGCCCACGCUCUCCACAGAAAGCCCAUGGCCAGCAGAACCCCAUAUUCUCCACAGAAAGCCCAUGGCCAGCAGAAACCCACGUUCUCCACAGUAA